AUGGGUGGCAAGAGUGGCUAUCCACGCCAUUACAAUGUUGAUAUCAGUGGGGCGGGGGACGAUUUGGGGUAUCAUGGGCUGGAAAGAGAAAUCACGAGGCUGGAACAUUGGCCCCGCUACGAAAGACAUUGGACAUACCGGUACGCCGAGGAAAGAUUGGGACUCGCAGCUGCUAAAUGGUGUGCCCCGCUUGGUGGUAAACCCGGGUUUGAUAUCGAUAUCAGACGAUGGCAGACCGAAGCCCGUAGCCUGCGGCCACAGACGGCCCGCCGAGGGCUCCUGACCCGAGAGAUUGCUGCUCCCUGUGUACUGACCAUUCUGCUCUGGGUGCUAUCAGACAUCUUGCCCGCAAUCUUUCUACUCGACACCACCCGCCGCCCUCUGCUCUUACCCUACCCCAGGCCCAGAUCCAGGUCCAGGUCUCCAAUGGCUUCUUCCAACCCGUCCUCCUCCUCCUCCUCUGGCGCCACAAGUGCCAGAGGAGGAGGAGGAAGCGUGGUGCCUAUCCGUCGCGCUGCGGGAACCUUCUUCCAGCUGCUUCAUCUCCCGGUCGAGCUCAGGCUGGAGAUUGGCGACUGCCUCGACCUCAGCGACGCCAUGCACAUGGCCAGGAGUUGCCGGCAGCUGCGCGACGAAUACCUCCACAUCGUGUAUCGGCGCGACGUCUGGUCGGCCAACCCGCGGGCCCUCACCUUUGCCGUCAUCCAACGCGUGCCCAGCACCAUCACGCGCGUGCUGGCGGUCCUGCCGCCUCACCCCAGCAACAUGUCGCUGGAUCUGGUCCGGACCAGCGACCGAGUCGAGCUGAUUCCCCUCAUCUGCGCCAUCAGGACGAACGACGACGACUUCCUCUUGUUCCUGCUGCAGAACGGCGCUGACCCCAACGCCAGGUCGCCGUCCUCGCGCCGCAGCGUGCUGGGCACCACCCUGCACUUCGCCCUGACACCGGUGCUCCUCUGCCCGGAGAGCGCCAUCACCGCCAUGCUGCUCCACGGCGGUGCCAACCCCAAUUCCUUCGUCCGCAGGCGCAGGCGCAUGCCGGCCCCCGCCGCCGCCGUCUCCAGACUGGCCGAGCACCCGCUCAGGCUCCUGUUUAGCGCCUACGCCACCCGCGGCCCCUGCCCCGUCCACCCCGAGAGCCGCUGCCUGCUCCGCAUCGUCGGAGCCUUCGCUAGCGCCGGCCUCGACCUCAGGGGCGUCGUCCCCGCAUCCGUGCUUCGCAUCUGGCUCGGCAAGCUCCCCAACCACGGCCAGAAUCCUCUGCGCCACGGCGUCCACCGCACGCUGCUCAAUCGCCGUGUCCCCGGGUGCUCGUUCGUUCCGAUCGCGGGUGGUUCGUUUACUUUUUAA